CUGUCAGUUCAAGCAAGACAUUCGGUGUUACAUGCGACUUUUCUCGAAAUUUGUGUGAACAGUCGGUGGAUUUCUAUGAGAAAACAGGGGUUUUGGGUUCGACUGUGACAGGGCUACUUUGUGAAAACGUUUGUUUUUGCGAUUUAUCGUAAACUACAGCGGUGGACGCGCGUGUUUCAGUAGGCAACCACAAGUUUCUGUGACGAGUUAUAAAACGCGAAUCAUCCCGUGUGGUUAAGUGGAAAAUGGCUAAGUGGGGAGAAGGUGACCCUCGGUGGAUCGUGGAGGAGCGGCCUGACGCCACCAACGUAAACAACUGGCACUGGACGGAGAAAAACGCCGGGCCUUGGUCGAAGGAACGUCUAAAAGAACUUCUGAAUAAUUUAAAAAUAGCUCAAAAUGGUGUGGACUGUAAGAUUACUGAGGUGGAAAAGAUCGACGGCGAAGCCUCUGCGAAUAAUAGGAAAGGAAAACUAAUAUUCUUUUACGAAUGGGACAUUAAACUGAAGUGGGAAGGUCAUAUAGCUGGUGGCAAAGAUGCCAUUAAAGGAGAGAUCCAGAUUCCGAAUCUUUCGGAGGAGAAUGAUGUCAGCGAAGUGGACAUGACAGUCACCAUCAAAAGCAGCGGCGAGGAAGCUCAGAGAGUCAAAGCAUUCAUGCACAAUGUUGGUCGUAACGAGAUCCGCAAACAACUCUCAGAGUACAUCCGUAGCCUGAAGGAAGAGUUCUCCAAAGGUCUCAUUCUUCCCAAGAAAGGAGAAGCCCCAGUUAAACCUGACAAUGUUUCCAUGAUUACCAGUGGAUUCAACAAGAAAGUCAAUAUGGAGCCUAUAGUGUCCCCCCAAACAAAUGCACAAAUCGGUUGCAAAUUAGAUACGAAAACAAUAGAACUGUCUGAAUCCUUCCAAUGCCGAGCUCAGGAAUUCUACGAUGCAAUGACGAGAAUAGAAAUGGUGACAGCAUUUACCCAAGGUCAUGUUAAAAUGGAUGUUGAGAAGGGGGGAAAAUUCUCCCUGUUUGGGGGGAAUGUUUCAGGGGAAUUUAGGGAGUUGGUUCCUGGUAAGAAGAUCUCGCAGUACUGGAGACUGAAGAAGUGGCCUGAACAGCAUUUCUCGGAAGUCACUUUCAAUAUUGAAGAGAAGGAUGACCAUACGUUGGUGACUCUGAAGCAAGACCUGGUGCCGGCAUCGGAGCUUGAUUCAACCCGGGAGAACUGGAAGAGAUAUUACUUUGACAGUAUCAAGCGAGCAUUCGGCUUUGGGGCAUUUCUGUGAUGCUUACUGUUGCGAUUGAUAGUUGAAUUAGGUUCAAUAAUAUUUUUAUUUUAAGUGGUUUUGUUGAAGAACAAACAUCCAGCCCUAACAUGCUUCUUCAGUGUUUUUAAUGUAAAUUUUGUAAUACAACUGUGAUGUAUUAUGUAUGACCUAUGAAUUUUUAUGUACCUAUUAAAUCUACUUAUUUGUAUAAA